UACAUUGCAGUAAUUGAACUUAGUGGGAUUGGUUUGUUGAUCUGUUGGAUGUCUUGCAUAAUAUAGUAGAUUCAACUAAGUUGGAUGCCUGAUUCUACUUGGUUAAAGAUUUUAGUUUAAUUAUAUUUUUUUGUGGAUUCAUGCAUUAGGAUGUAAUAUUGCUAGAACAAAAGUCUACUCUUAGGCUCUUAUCUUUCAAAAGAAGUAAACAACUAGGGAAAGAAAGAAAAAAUAAAUUAAAAAUAGGAAGAAAAGAUGAGGGGUUUUUAAAACUUCAUUCAUCAAAAAUAAAGAAAGAAAACACAAACUGAAAAUAGAUUUGAUAAAAAAAUAUUUCUUUUAAUUUUUUAACUUUGAAUUUGAACUCCACUCCAUGCGAAAGUGAGUUUUUGGGCCAAAUGGAUGGAAGUGAUAUAAAAAAAAUCAGGGAAAGAUUUUUCCAGUCUUUUCCUUUCAUCCAACUUUUUCGUUGAAGGAAAAUUAUUUUCUUUUUGAUUUCCUUCUCUGGUAGGAUACCCACAGUUAAUGAGUUAAAAUAUCAAUGUUUUGGAUAAAUAAAUGUGUUCAUCUUUUAAAAAACUAUUAUUAGAUCAGACUUCUCAAUUGAUGAGCUGACACUGUUUCCAAAGUUUUGGAUGAUCAAGAAUGUGAUUACUGAAAAAGUAUUCUAUUCUUGAAUCUAAUUAUUUGAAUUUUUUAUUUGUUGGAAGAUACGAUAGAUUACUGCCUAAAAUUGAACUCUAGAUUUAUGCUAUUUUAUGGUUCCAUCAUAGAAGAGAUAGAGAAAAGUGUUACUGCAUCGAGUAUGAGUAUUCCAUAUCUCAUUGGUGGAAAUAAUACAAUUUUACCAUUUUUAAACUUGUCCUUGGAGAGCACUCUUGAAAACAUUUUUCAUUCCCCUGUUCUUGUUGGCUUAGAGGGUGGUAAGCAGAAUGUUGAUAGAUAAUCAUUAAUCAAGGUUUCUGCUCCAUUGGAUUCAUUUCAUGUGAGGAGCAAGGAUGAUGUCGGCGACAGAAAGCUAGACCUUGCAGGAAUAGGUAAGGUUGACUUGACACACUUCAUGAUCCAUGGGGACUUGAAUCUAACUGAAUUUCUAAUUCUUCAUUUUAGACUGUCACAUCAAUCCUUUUUCACUAUUGUAAAUUUGGAUCUAGGGAUUUCAACUUCCAACUUCAACUGAAAUUCUAUGUUUGUCAGGAUAUAUAUAUAUAUAUAUAUAUAUAUAUAUAUAUAUAUAUAAUUUUAUUUAGCAGAAAGUAUUAUAUCUAUUCCAAAACAUAUGACCCUUGGUUUUUUUGCCAAUGUUUUAGCUUUUUCCAGUAAUUUUAGAACUAGUGACUUUGAUUAUAUAACAAGAAGAGUCCAUGUCAGUCCCGGAUCUUUGGUUGGUAACUUGGAUCUUAUCCCUCUAAUCAACUCUAGACUGAAAUAAAGAUGAAGUGAUAUAUCUUCUUCUUUAACCAGACUGCAAAAUGCCAUGCAUCUACACAUUGACUUAAAUCUUUGCUGAACCAUCUUUUUUGUCUGGUCCUACCAGUUCUGUUCUAGUCAUUACGCAAUAAGCAAAUAACAUGAUAAUUCUUGAAGUUUUUAUGGUUUAUACAGCACCAGUACAUAAGUUCAUGCCAGUUUUUAUUCGUAAUUAUGUGAAUAAAUUUUGAGUCUCAUAUUGCUUGGUUUCCUAUAUGCUCUUGUGCUUUGGCUUUAUGUAUGUGCUGUAGUAAUCGUAAUUGUCAUUUUCAGCUAGCUUUCCUUCUUUUUUAUACAUUUUGCAGAGGAUGUUUUGUCGCUGUUAGUGCAUAUGAAGAUCAAUUUGCAGUAAUAAAUCUAGCCAUAUCUUCUGAAAGGAAUGUUGUUUAUGAGAAAAUUUAUUAUCCUCCGGAAAGCAAAAUUGAUGCAAGCAAUGGACGGGACACUUUGGGCUCCAUUGUCCGGGGUACAAUAUGGAGUAUGUGCUUCAUUUCACAUGGUACUUAUCAGACAAAAGGAUAUAAUCCCCUUAUGGCGAUUAUUAUGAACAGGAAAGGUUCAUUAAUGAAUGACUUGCUAUUGUUUGGAUGUGAUCCGUAUUCACGGAUUAUUCAAAUCAUUUCUCGGUAUUUUGAAAGUGGCCCUUUAGCACUUGAUAUAUCUGCGAUCCCUCAUCUCCCUGGCUUUGCUAUUCUUUUCAGAAUAGGUGAGAUGCUUUUGAUGGAUCUUACAGACCCUCAAAAUGUCUGUUGCUAUCACAAGAUAAGCUUUGAUGUGCCUCUUUUGGUUGAAGAUAAAGGUUAUUUUGAUGAGUCUUGUAAGAUAUUAGAUGUUGAUGAUGAAGGUAUGUUUAAUGUUGCUGCCUGUGCUUUGCUGGAGUUAAAAGAUUCAGCAGCUGAUAUGUAUAAAAACGAUGAUCCUAUGAGCAUUGAUAGCAGCAAUGGAAAAUUUUCUUCAACUACUAAGCUUGUAUGCUCAUGGACUUGGGAACCUGCUACCUCCUUGGAUUCUAAGUUGCUAUUGUGUUUAGACACCGGGGAACUAUUUAAGGUUGAAAUUUCUUCUGGUGCUGGUGGAGUUCAAAUUAAUUUGUCAGACUGUCUCUACAAGGGCAUGGCUUGUAAAGCACUCCUAUGGACAAGUUGUGGAUUAAUUGCAGGUCUAGUGGAGAUGGGAGAUGGGUUUGUUCUUAAGCUAGAACAUGAUAGAUUAUCCUACAAAAGUUCUAUCCAAAAUAUCGCUCCAAUUUUGGAUAUAUCACUUGCUAAUUAUUACGAUGAGAACCAAGAUCAAAUGUUUGCUUGUUGUGGAAUGAAUCCUGGAGGUUCAUUAAGAACCGUUCGAAGUGGUAUAUCUGUAGAAAAACUUUUGAGGACUGCACCUAUUUAUCCAGGAGUAACUGGUAUGUGGACCUUGAGGAUGAAACAAAGUGACUCUUAUCACUCUUUCCUUGUUUUGUCCUUUGUUGAAGAAACUAGAAUAUUAUCAGUUGGUUUAAGCUUCAGUGAUGUAAGUGAAGCAGUUGGCUUUCAGCCUGAUGUAUGUACUUUGGCCUGUGGUUUGUUUGCUGAUAGAAUGCUUGUACAAAUUCAUAGGUGUGGUGUAAAACUCUGUUUACCUUCUUCAUCUGCUCAUCCUGAGGGCAUACCUCUUUCUCAACCAUUUUUUUCUUGUUGGUCUCCCAAUAAUAUGACAAUUAGUGUUGGCGCUGUAGGUCAAAAUUUGGUAAUCGUAGCUACCUCUAAUCCUUGCUUUCUUUACAUUCUUGGUGUCCGAUCAAUAUCAGCAUUUAAUUUUGAAAUAUAUGAGAUUCAGCAUGUCAGACUGCAGUAUGAAGUUUCUUGCAUUUCUAUUCCAUUGAGAAAUGCCAAUUCUAAACAUUUGGCUUCAGAAGUUACACCAAAUGUCAAGGAUCAUGAAGCUAGUCACAUUGAUAAAUGUGAUAUUAAUACUGCUUUUGUCAUUGGUACACAUAAGCCAUCAGUUGAACUUCUAUCAUAUGGCCAUCAAGAUGUGUUCAGAGUGAUUGCUGUAGGAGCUAUAGAAGUGAGCAAUGCACUUGGUAGUCCUAUUAGUGGAUGUAUUCCAGAAGAUGUUAGGCUUGUAUCAGUGGAUCAUCCUUAUGUUCUUGCUGGGCUGAGAAAUGGAAUGCUUCUUCGUUUUGAGUGGUCUGCUCAGACAGAUCCAAGCAGGCAUAGUGGUUUUACUAGGUCUUGUUUUAAUGACUUUGGAAGUCUUUCAUCAAGUGUGGAUACUUUAAAUUCUUAUUAUAGUGCAAUGGAAGAUACUAAAGCUCCCGCGCCUAUUUUUUUGCAAUUGAUUGCUAUUCGACGCAUAGGAAUUACUCCUGCUGUUUUGGUACCAAUGAAAGAAUCACUUGAUGCAGACAUAAUUGUACUCAGUGAUAGGCCUUGGUUAUUAUAUACAGCAAGGCACAGCCUUGCAUAUACAUCUAUCUCAUUUCAGCCUGCUACUCAUGUGUCUCCUGUCAGUUCUGUUGACUGUCCUAAGGGGGUUCUGUUUGUUGCAGAAAACAGCUUACAUCUGGUUGAAAUGAUACAUUGCAAGAGACUUAAUGUGCAAAAGUUUUCCAUUCAUGGCACUCCAAGGAAACUUUUAUAUCAUAAUGAAAGUAAGACUUUACUAGUGCUGAGAACUGGACUAAAGGGUGGACCAUGUUCAUCAGACAUAUGUCGUGUAGAUCCCCUUAGUGGAACAUUGCUUUCAAAAUUUCAGUGUGAACCUGGGGAAACAGCAAAAUGCAUGCAAAUAGUGAAGGUAGGAAAUGAACAAGUCUUGGCUGUGGGAACCAGUCAAUCUUCUGGCAGGAUUAUUAUGCCUAGUGGUGAAGCUGAAAGUACAAAGGGCCGACUGAUUGUGUUGAGCUUGGAUUUCACAUAUAGUUCCGAGGGGAGCCCAAACCACUGCUCUAAUUUGAAUCUAUCUUCCCAAAGUGGCUCUACAUUUGGGGAGAUAAUUGGCCAUGCUGGUGAAGAAUUGUCACUUAAUAGUCAGUGCAGCAGCCAAGGUGAUAUUUGUUGUGAUGGUAUUCAUCUUGAUGAAACAGGGGCAGGGCAAUUGCGAUUAGUUUCCCAGGCCUUAGCAUCUGGUGCUGUACUGUCAGUCUGCUCUUAUCUAGACCAGUUUAUCUUGGCUUCUGCUGGUAAUACUCUUAAUGUUUUUGGCUUUGCAAAUGAGAACCCUCAGCGGCUGAGAAAGUUUGCUACGGGCAGGACACGUUUUGCCAUUACUUGUUUGAAGACAUUUUAUAAUAGAAUAGCAGUUGGUGAUUGCCGUGAUGGUAUCCUUUUUUAUUCGUAUCAUGCGGAUGUUAAAAAAUUAGAACUCUUGUAUUCUGAUCCUGCUCAGAGAUUGGUUGCUGAUUGUGCUCUGAUGAAUCGUGAUACUGCCAUCGUAUCAGAUCGUAAAGGGAACAUUUCUGUUUUGUCAUGUCCCAAUACUUUAGAAGCCAAUGAAUACCCUGAGAAGAACCUGGUGCUGAAUUGUUCAUUUUAUAUGGGUGAAACUGUCAUGAGCAUUGUAAAGGCUCCAGUUCCAUGUAAACUUCCAGUAGAUAAUAUUCCUAAUAAAUCUAUUGGUGUGGAGAUAGUUCAGAAAUCUUCCUAUGAUAGUAUUGUUGCAAGCACGUUGCUAGGAAGUGUCUUCAUCCUCAUUCCUAUUACAAGUGAAGAAUAUGCAUUAUUAGAUGCCGUCCAAGAUCGACUUGCAGUUCAUUCUCUGACUUCUCCUGUUCUAGGAAACAACCACAGGGAAUACCGUGGGCGUGGAUUUCCGUCGGGAGUUCCUAGCAUACUCGACGGAGACAUGCUCAUGCAGUUCUUGGAGCUAACAAGCAUGCAGCAAGAAUCUGUACUCGCUUCAUCAGGAGGUGGAUCAAACUCCCAUGCAUUGGCUUCAGAGUCGCAUCGCCAUCCUCUCUACUCCAACCAGGUUGUACACCUACUCGAACAAAUUCAUUACACACUCAACUGAGCUCCCCCUUCUGUCUGCUCGCGCAUCCCCUCAUCGGGUGUCUACUGAUACAACUCGAGGACUUGCAACGCUGCUAGUGAUCAACACCAGUGAUCCCUUUUGUCGCACCGCAUGCAGAGAUGGAUCCGGAAUCCCCAAAUAAGUAAAACCAAUCUCACUGUGACUUUCAUUUGGAGUUUUCGACUCUGCAUCGCGUUUGUUUCGAGUGCCCUGAUUUGUUUAUUCUUCCUAUAUGAAAAAUGUACCAAGCUUGUUAGAUGGAAGUGGUUUAUAGUCGAUGCAGAGAGUUGUUGAGCAAUAAUUUGUAUUAAAAGGAAAAAACUAUACAAUUCUCCCACUGAAUUAUACUUCAUUGUGUGAAUAAUGUUUCUUGGCUAUUUACCAUGGUAGUUUUCUUUUCAA